AUGAUCUUUGCGACUUUGGCUGCGGCUGUCACCGCUCAACACGGUAUUUGCCCGUUGAUCUACGGACCGGUUUGCGCUUCGAAUGGAAUCACAUACGGUAACGAAUGCCGGUUUGACUACGCUGUGUCACAGGAUGACACCAUAACUUUCUUAUUCUAUGGAACAUGUGAACCGUCCAAUUGGGAUGAACAAGUUUGUGGAAACCCAAGUAGACCUGGAUUUUCGGACAAAAUUUGCGGCUCGGAUGGAGUCGUCUACAAGAACAAAUGUUUCUUCGAUCUUGCUGUUAAAAGGAAUCCAGGUUUAGCGAAGAGACACGACGGUCCAUGCGAAGAAUGA